UACUAUGUCUUGAAUUCCAAAAGUGUACGGAAGUAGCAUGUACCCAUUGUGGGUGUAACAGAUGAUUAACUACAGUCAAGCAUAUCUGCGUCGGUGUAGCUAGUUUACAGAAAAAAACGUUUAUUGUUUGUUUUUCUACCGAAUACUGUGACAGCCAUACAUCCAGUCAAUUUGUCUACAGAUUUAUUUUCGCCAGCAUCUUCGCAGAUAAAAUGGACAGGGAUUCAACCGGUAAUGCAGAAAAGAUCCAGCCGGCUUCGUCUUUGAGGAACAGUAUUAAUGAAGACACAUGCGCAGCUAAUUCCCUUAGCUCCCAGGUUGAGAUCUGUGGUACUACUGAUGUCGCAAGGGCCAGGUGGACUCUACUGAGACAGGUGCUGCGUCAGAAGCAGCUGGACACUCCAGAGGUCAAACAGGUGUCUGUUCGCAGGUUCGCAACGUUUGACCUCUUCAGCAGGAAAAGGCUUCUGACACAAGACCCUAGUGACACCUCAGAUGACCAAUGGGUGGAGUACAGAAGUGUCUACUUUCCUGAGUACAGUGCCUUGCUCAGGGAUAACCUGGGCCCUAUCCGAGUUAAUGAAGUGCUCAACAGUUUUGACAACACUGGAAAUGUCUGUGUGUGGCCGUCUGAAGAGGUGAUGGCUCAUUACUGUCUGCAGAAACGGCACAUGUUCAUGGGUGCAGUGUGUGAGUUAGGAGGAGGUAUGACUUGUCUUGCUGGGCUCAUGGUUGCCAUUUGUGCUGACGUGAAGGAAGUUCUGCUAUCAGAUGGGAACGAGAAGUCUAUUCAGAAUGUACGAGGGCUGGCUGAGAGAAACAGGCAAGCUGGAAAGUUUGGGUCAACACAGGUAUCUGCCAGGGUGGUGAGGUGGGACUGUGAGUCAGACAUUACGGCACUUGAGGGUCACUUUGAUAUUGUCUUGUGUGCAGACUGUUUGUUUCUCGACCAGUACAGAGCCAGCCUGGUUGAUGCCAUAAGCAGAUUACUGCAACCCAACGGCACCGCGUUGGUGUUUGCUCCACUGCGAGGUGAAACUCUGAGACUGUUUUGUCAACUGGCCCGGCAGGCCGGACUCUGCGCCUCUCAACACCAGCAGUAUGAUGCUCAGGUCUGGGAUGUUCACUUAAAGAUGCUGACAGAGGGAAAAGAAGCAUACGAUGAGAACAUCCACUAUCCUCUCCUCAUCACCUUGACCAAAGCACCUCAACCUGUCAGCCACACUCAAUAAACCAAAACAAGUGAGCUCUCACCUCUACACAGCACCACUCCACAUGCUUUUGGAUAUUUGAGAUGGAAUAAUGCUACAGAGUCAUGUCAACACUGUGAACCAUGGGUGAUCUAAAUGAGGAGCAAGAAUUGCACUGAAGCAGUAUUACAAUACAGUAAGGCCAGCAAUAUCAAGUGUUCAGUCGCAGAUAUUUGAAACAUUUUUCUGCUGGCCACAGAGGAUUUAUUAUCAGAUGAUGCAUGGCUUUGGGCAGUAUUUAAGCAUGCAUGUUUUGUAGUUUGAAGUGUAGAAGAACAACCUCCUUUCCAAAGCAGUGGGGAUAUAUGUACUGUGGCAGAAGAGGAAAAAAAGGAGAGGCGGAUAUAGUCCGACCUAUGUUUUAACCAAUCUUUCAUAUGCAAAAUAACUAUAGUCCGUCUCCAAAAUUGUCACUCUGUAAUUUAUACCUUUAAUCAAUUAGCCUCAUCCCUUUAGUUAAUCAGCCAUCCAAGAAAGUGAACAACAUUGCCAAACAGUCAUUUCAUCAGUCAUGUAACCAGUGUAUUUAAUUACCUUGAAUGGUAGUGACUAAGCCAGUAAUCCAGGCAUCAUUCCAGCCAACAAGCCAGUCAGUUGUUUAGUCAGUCGGUUACAUUGACAUUUCCUCGGUCAGUCCUAUAGUAGGUGUCAGUUGGCCCUAUUUAACCUGUCAGUGUUAACCUAUGCCACUGUGUUUCUGGCCCCAGCAUGGAGGCCAGCUCUAAUUCAUUAACCAUCGCAGACUGUGGAGCGGCUCACAGUUUCCUUUGUGUUUCCUUUAUUUCCCUUUGUUCCCUUCUUUCCCCACUUUAAUUUCUUCUAAUACCACUCAUUCAUCCCAGUCAAAGGUCAAUAUUAAGAACUUCUUUUGUGCGUUACUUACAACAGUACAUUAACAUAUUAAGGCACGUUCAGACUCUGGAGUAAUUGUUGCUGCCCAGGAGCUACAGCUUGCAAAUUACACAGCAACCUCACCACCAGAGAUACAAGUAGUCCACACAUAAAAAAGUACUGUGUGUGUGUGUGUGUA